AUGUGUCCAAGUCAUAAUCCUUUUUGGAAUGAUAUUCUUGCUGGUUGUGCUAGUGGAUUAACAUCUGUUAUUGUUUCACAUCCAUUAGAAACUUUAUCAAUUCAAAGAAAAAUCAAUCCACCUGAAGUCUAUCAAAAUAUAUUUCAUUCUUUUCAAGUCAUUUAUAAACAUCAAGGUUUAAUCGAUGGAUUUUAUCGUGGAAAUUUAAAUUUACCAUUAAUUAGUCCAGCUUUUCUAACAUCUGCACAAUUUGCUUUAUAUGGACAAAUGACAAGACAUUUUGUUAAAGAUGGUAAUAAUAUUAAACAGUAUAUGUUAUGUGGAGCUUUGACUGGUUUUCUAUUAUCAUUUAUUCAAACACCAAUCAGUCUUAUUUUAGACCAAAUUCAUGGUAAUCUAAAUCGUCGACAUACACAUGUUUUUGAUUUUCAUGUAAAAGAUUGUUGUAAAUAUAUUUAUGAGAAUAAUGGUGGUUUAAUUGGAUUUUAUAAAGGUUUUUCAUCAAAUUUAAUUUGUUCAAUAACAACAUCAAUGUUUUAUUUUGGUGGUUAUGAAUAUAUAAGAAAACAUCUUUAUCAAAGACAUUAUCGAAAAUUUCAGAAUCAAAAUAAAAAUAAACAUUUACGUUUAAAUAUUCUUUUCAGUGGAGCAAUAGGUGGACUUUGUGCUUGGGCUAUUUGUCAUCCUUUAGAUGUAAUUAGAUCGGAAAUACAAACAGAUGAUUUAAGACCUGGACAUCGGAAAUAUGCUUCUUAUUUUGAUUGUAUUAAACAAAUGUAUGAACAAGAAAAUAGUAUUAAAAUAUUUUAUAAAGGAUUUUUUCCUGGUAUUAUCAAAUCUAUUCCAAUUAAUGCAGCAUGUUUUCUUGCUUAUGAAGAAGUCUACAGAUUGUUAGAAUAA